ACGUGGUACACUGCGAUAACAAUAGCUGAAAGGGAGAAUGGAGUCGGUGUGACAGACGCACGUUGUUCUGCACACGGCAGAAGGAUUUGGACCAGAGAGCUUCUGAUCAGGAGAAAAUAAACGAUAUAAUGUCUGGUCAAAAACUCGGAAUCGUCAGUUUAGGGAAAGCCGCGGGAAAGGUUAAAUUUGCACUGCUGGAUGAAAGAGAUAUUGGUCUGAUCAACCAUUAUGCAUUUGAGGCCAAAGUCGAAGUUGAUCCUGAUGGAAAUGGUGCCCAUAUUUAUGCCUACACAUACAACAUGAUUAAGGGGAGGGAGUCUGGGCAAUUUCUACAUGAUUUCUUAUGGGCUACCAUAUGGAAAUAUACACUUUACAAGCUGCCAAGUAUGAGUGUGGUCUGUGACAUAUAUUUCCAUGCGCUAUCACUAACAAAAUACUUAACUAAUAGUAGAGUUCUGCUAAAAGAAGUAGAGGAUGCUGGAAGGGAGAGACAUAGAGGAGGUAUUGCUGCUGGUUGGAAGGUGGUGCAUAAUAAUGGGGUGACUGUAGACAAUCGGUUGGAGAAUCUGGUGUUGGUUCCCAUGGAUAUGCAGCUGGUAUAUGAUGAUCUUCCUUCUACAAAAAACAGGGAACAUUCUCUGUAUUGGAUGGCUGUUCAGCAACUCCAAGUUGCUCCAUUAGAAUGUCAUUAUCCAUCUUCACAUGUCUACACAAAACAAUUCAGUCCCAAUGGAGAAGACGUUCACAUAGACCAUGAUGAAGUCUGUGUGUAUUAUGAGUGCCACUACCCUCCUUGUACAAACAUGGAGAAGAGAGUCCGGGAAUUCAGCAUCUGUGGGAGAUGUCAGGAAGUCAGGUAUUGUGGUACAUAUUGUCAACAAAGAGACUGGCCAACACACAAGAAAUUCUGUCAAGAGAGAAAACUCUUUUUUCCACUGGAAGAAGAAAGUCCAGAUCGUUAAAGAGCUUGAGUGAUACUCUGUAUUAGUCUGAUAUCGUCAAAGAGCUAGAGUGAUUCUCUUCGAGUCUGAUUGUGAAUGUCCUGAUUCGUUAAAGAGCUUGAAUGAUAGUCUGAAUGAGUCUGAUAGUGAAUGAAUGUUAGGGAUACAAUAUACAAUACUGAAUUAAUUUAGAAAGGAAAAGGGGGGGGGGGGGGGGAGGUAUUUCAUUUUGUCUUCAUGACUGUUUUUUGAAAAGAUCUUGAGGAUGUUGUAAUGGUAAUGAUCCAAUAUUAAUCCAAAAUAAUGUAAAGAUUCAGGAUUAAGUUAACAUUAAAAUGACUUUACAUUGUGUUUUUUGUAAGUUUUGUUGGUGUUUGAAUGGCUAUAUUUUUGUUAUUCUAUGUAGCAGAGGUCAGCUUUUUGGUGUGUGUGUGUUGUUACAUGUAGUGUACACAGUUAUUUAUUUCCCUCAACCAUUCCAGUGUGAGAGUAACAGUAUUUUAGAAAUAUUGUAAUGUGCUGUCCUAGUCAUGAAUUUUAUGAAUUUUUUCCCCUGUAGAUCCUAAUGUGUUUUUUUCUGAUUUAAGAUAAUUGUUUCCGUCAAUGACCAUUUGUCCAUAAUAAGUAUUAUGUGCAUUUUCUGUGUCAGCUGGAGCCACUAAAGAAGACGUCAUUUUGUUGUCACCUCUCAAGUACAGCAAACAAUUUACUAACAAUUGUCACAAGGAGUGCUAGAUUUGCCAUUGAUCUUUUUCAAUUUUUUUAAUUUUACUUGAAAUUUGAAGAAGGAAUUGUCAAGAAUUUCAUGUAAAUGCAGUUGGUGACAAAAUUUUAAUGUACGUGUAUGUUUUCUGUUUUUUUACAGUUUGAAUACAUUUUCAAUAUUUUCUGAAGUGCUUUCAGUACCAUAUGAUGUCUAUAUAAAAUAAUUUUUCCUACGCAUUGAUACAAAUAUUUAUACUAAUAUGGUGCCAUUUUAGACAGAUAUGCUUUUUAACUUGUGUGCCACUAAUCUUGUCUUAAUGAAAUAUGUUUAACAGUAGAGUCUUGAUAAACAUUGCAUGUUUUACACUUAAAGUCAUUCCAGUGUAAGCACGUGUACAUUCCUUUUUUGAUAGUCUUAUUAUUUUGUGAAAAGUAUUUUUAUGUAUUGCUCUUACUGAAAUAAUUUUGAUUUUCUUGAAAGAAAUCUGAAAGUUGCAUGUAUGAAUUGUUACAAAGAUUUCAUUGUCUAUCAUUUAGGUAUUUAAAUAUUUUUUUCUAUACUGUAAUAUGUAUAUACAUCCGUCCUGAAGAUUAUUAUCUGUUCUGGACAUUUUGGUUGCAUUUGCAAUUUGAAUGGUUUUGAAAAACUUUCCAUUCCAAACAUGUUCAGCAGGCAUUAUCUUGGCUUGAGCAUGCACAACAUGUAUUCUAAUUAAUGAACAUGAACAACAUGUAUUCUAAUUAAUGAACAUGUACAACAUGUAUUCUGAUUAUUGGGAAAAUUUGGCAACUAUGAUUAUUUUGACGCCAGUCAUAAAACUCUAGUCAUGAUAUUUCAUUUUCUGAUUCUGUUGCAGCAGAAAUGUAGUGGGAAUGCUUUGCAGUCCAUGAUGAACCACCAGCAAGCUUCUUUCCCAAUUGCCACUGAUAAAAAAAAUAAUAGCGCCCAUGUCAUACUUUGUCUCUGCAUAUCCUCAUGAAUAUUCAUAAUUUGUUUUUAUUUCCCAGCAUGCAUUACUGUGUUGUGUCACUAAUCACACUAAUUAUUAUAUAUAUAUAUUUAUGAUUUGUUUUAAUUAUUAACAGUGCAAUAUAGUUAUAGUCAAAACAUCUACAACAUAUUUGAUUUGUUUGUUUUUACAGUUUGAAUAAACUAACCGUUUUACAGGUC